UAAGACUGAGAUCUACGGUCAAGACUGGGACACGCGGAGCUGGAACUUGAUUGUUGUGGUUCUUCUUCUUGGGGGCUGUGAAAUUAGGUUUAUUUUCUUCCGGAAAGUUUUUGGAAGGAUUCUUCUAGAUAAUUCUACAUUUUAUUUCGGAGGAUCGACUUACUUUUUUUUUCGUCUUUACUACUCCCUCCUCCCCCGUGGGACCCGCCGGACGCGUGGAGGGGAUCGCACCCGAAGCAGAUUCUGUACAGCAGGACAGCGCUUUCCGCCUCUGGGGGAGCGAUCCCCCCUCGCCCCCGGGUCCUACGGAACGUAGACUACCAGGAGGCACAGCGGCAUCUUGUGGGGGCCUGGGCACCGCAAAGGAAUUACACGGAAACUUUGCCAUUGUUGGAGCGGGACGCUGCCCCCACCCUGAGUUUCCCCGGACAGCGCACUUUGGGGACGCGCUCGGCUCACCCCGGACUCGCACCUUUCUUCCCCCACCCGGCCAUAGCCUUGGCUUCCCGGCGACCUCAGCGUGGUCACAGGGGCCCCCCUGUGCCCAGGGAAAUGUUUCAAGCUUUCCCCGGAGACUACGACUCCGGUUCCCGGUGCAGCUCCUCACCCUCCGCCGAGUCUCAGUAUCUGUCCUCGGUGGACUCCUUCGGCAGUCCACCCACCGCCGCCCCCUCCCAGGAGUGCGCCGGUCUUGGGGAAAUGCCCGGUUCCUUCGUGCCCACGGUCACCGCGAUCACAACCAGCCAGGACCUCCAGUGGCUUGUGCAACCCACCCUCAUCUCUUCCAUGGCCCAGUCCCAGGGGCAGCCACUGGCCUCCCAGCCCCCGGCCGUUGACCCCUACGACAUGCCAGGAACCAGUUACUCCACCCCGGGCCUGAGUGGCUACAGCAGUGGCGGAGCGAGUGGCAGUGGUGGGCCUUCCACCAGCGGAACCACCAGUGGACCUGGGCCUUCCCGCCCAGCUCGAGCCCGGCCUAGGAGACCCCGAGAGGAGACGCUCACCCCAGAGGAGGAGGAGAAGAGAAGGGUUCGCCGAGAACGAAACAAACUGGCAGCAGCAAAGUGUAGGAACCGGCGAAGGGAGCUGACUGACCGACUCCAGGCGGAGACAGAUCAGCUAGAGGAAGAAAAGGCGGAGCUGGAGUCGGAGAUCGCCGAGCUCCAAAAGGAGAAGGAACGUCUGGAGUUUGUGCUGGUGGCCCACAAACCGGGCUGCAAGAUCCCCUACGAAGAGGGGCCCGGGGGGCCCGGGCCGGGCCCGCUGGCGGAGGUGAGAGAUUUGCCGGGGUCAGCAUCCACUAAGGAAGAUGGUUUCAGCUGGCUGCUGCCGCCCCCGCCACCACCGCCCCUGCCCUUCCAGACCAGCCAAGACGCACCCCCCAACCUGACAGCUUCUCUCUUUACACACAGUGAAGUUCAAGUCCUCGGCGACCCCUUCCCCGUUGUUAACCCUUCGUACACUUCCUCGUUUGUCCUCACCUGCCCGGAGGUCUCCACGUUCGCCGGCGCCCAACGCACCAGCGGCAGUGACCAGCCUUCCGACCCCCUGAACUCGCCCUCCCUUCUUGCUCUGUGAACUUUAGACAAAACAAACAAACACACAAGGGAGAGAGAUUUGGACGCGGAGGAACUGGAGGAGAGGGGAAGAGACAAAGCGGGCGUGUGGUUUCCCUGCCUCUCCUGCUUGACCCUCUGCUGCCGCUGCCAUCGGACAGGAGGACUUCCUUGUGUUUUGUGCUGCCUCUUGUUUCUGCCGGCCCGGCGAGGCCAGAGAGCUGGUGACUUUGGGGACACGGGGUGGGGAGGGGAUGGACACCCCCAGGCUGCCCACUGCUGCCUGUGGGCCGUUUCAUUUGGACCCAACCUCUGGGGAUGGGGGGUGGGGGCGGGGGCGAUGCCCACCUUUGGGCUGGAGGGAGCGGGGUGUUGGCAGUGGGCUGUGGGUGGGUUGGAGUUAUCUCCAGAGAGGCCCAACAAGGAAAUGCCACCGAACCCCCAAAGUGUUUCUCCUACGCCCACCCUUCCAGGGGUGACUAGGCUGGUUCUCCCUGCCGCCCCCCACGACCUCAGCUUAUUUAUCCAACAUUUCCACGUGCUUCGAUCCUCCUCCGAAUUGAGCCCCCCUUUAAAGGGAAGUUGAUGCCCUCCCCUUUGAUAAUCUUCCUUCCACCCAGACCUAGUCUGAAAUGUGAACCUCCCUCCCUGACCGUCCAGCUGCUCCAUCCCGGCAAAACUGGCUCCGAUUUUGAAUUUCCCACCUCCUAAGCCUCCCCCAACAUUCAGCCCCCAGCCCUCCUUCCUGAUUACAGUAUUAUUGUCCCCCUGCCCGCCACCCACCUCCCACAGCCUCCCCUCCUGGCCUUCCUUGUUGGGCCUCUCUGAUUCAGGCAGCAGGGGGCGCUGUGAUGCCUGUCCUGCUGGAGUGUUUUAUACUGUGAAACGAGUUGGCCGGAUUGUGGGGGGAGCCGGGUGGGACAGAACCCCUCCGGAGGGAUUGUGCCCCCGACUCGCCAAAGCCUUUCCGUGGUCUCCCCUCCCCCCAUCUGCCUCCUUUCUCCCCUCAAAAUGAGUUAGACUCGAGGGGGUGACAGAAUCCAGAGGGGAUGACAGUUAUCCAUCCACGUGGCCUCUCUCCUCAGGACCCCCCGCCCCCCCCCCCCGCCCCGCGCCCCAGACCAAGCCCUGGCCUUUUUCUUUAAGGCCUGUCACCGUAUCCCAGCCUAGGACGCCAACUUCUCCCUUGCCUUGGCCUCCGACAACCUUUCUAGAAAGAGAGCAGGGGGAGAUCGCCAGGGGUCCCCGACAUUUUCCCGGAGAAGAUUUAAAGGCUGAGGCUUUGACCCCCACCACCCCCUAAUAUUUUUGGACUGGCAAACUCCAAGGGGCUGGGUUCCCUGAGAUCCCAGCUUCCCCUCGCCCAGCCCCAGCCCCAAUUUUCGGUUUAGGUUCCCUAACCCUGCCUUUCCCUGUGUUUCCCCUCAUGAGGAUUGUAUCAUGAGGCCAAUUGAUAUUUUUUAAUAUCGGGUGGGUCACGCCGCCCUCUGUGCUGCAUGGAAAACAUUCCACUGCCCCAUCCUGCGGCUCCCGCCCUGAACCCAGACGCCCCCAACCCACUUCCGUGGCUAUUUAUCCCUUUCUUGAUUUGCGAGACACUUAUAUCUAUUAUGUAUAAAUAAAUAUAUUAUAUAUGAGUGUGUGUGCGCGCGUGUGAGUGUGUGAGCGCUUCUGCAUCCUUGGCCUAGGUCACGUUGGCCCUCAAAGCCAUGCCGUUGAAUUGGAAACACUGCUUCUGGAAACUUCCAGGCUGCCUGUCUCCGGCUGCCUCUGUCUCUAGCUGUCUCUUUUCUGGCUGUCUCUGGUUGUUUUCUGGCCGUCUCUGGCUAUCUCCUUUCUAAGUCUCUCCCGCCUCUGUCUGUUCUCUGCCAGUUUUUACCUGACUCUUUCCAUGUGACUGUCCCUGGUUCUCCAGCCAUCUUCUGACUCUGGGUGUGUUGGGGACCUGAUAUUUUAUUUUUGUGAGUAAGCCUGAGGGAUUAUAGAUUUUUGCAAUCUGUAUCUUUGAGAAUUCUGGGUGCGAGUGUGAUGCUGUGAGCAGGGCCUGCCCCUGCAGACCACAAUGUAUUGAAUCCCCAACCCCCCCCCCAUGCUGUAUUUGUGAUUCUUUUUGUAUUUUGCACCUGAUCCCCCGGGGGCUGGGGCUGGCUGGCACUGGGCCGCUACCCUCCUCCUCGUGGUUCUGCACUGUCGCCAAUAAAAAGCUCUUAAAAAUGUA